GUCUCGUGCUUUUCUUACCGAGGACCAGACAUCGCCGCGCUGCACACUCCGACCGUGUAUUCUAUCAGCUGCGACGCACACUCAACGCUAGAGGCUCUUCAGCUAGAACAAGAAGCAUUCGCAAAGGAGCAUGCAGCUACAACGCCUGACCAACAAGUAGCGUUGCUCUGCUCAGCAGAACGUCCGUCGAUGAUGGAUAACACAACCAGCUCGGCGUCAAUAGCGGCGCCGCGUUUGGAGUUUAACUACGAAUUUCUCAUAUUCAUGAUCCUCUGUGGACUUCUGACGAUCUUCUUCCUCCUUUAUUUCAACCGCCUCUUUUCCUCCAUCGUGUCCUACGCCAUCCGAACGUGGACAUGGCACCGAUAUCGCGUAUAUAUUGAUAUUCAGGCUCUCCAAAUAUCCCUCCUUGGUGGCCGAAUAUUCUUCACGGGCCUCCGAUACCACGGCUCCAACGAGACGUUCCUCGUCCAAUAUGGUGAUAUCACUUGGCGCUACUGGCUAAGGCGCGUGCGCGAUGCCGAGGUGGUUGACCGUAUCAAGGAGACGCAAAAAGACGACGAUAACGACACGUUUAAAAAUGCAAGCCUCCCAUGCCGAAUCAAUGUUAACUUGGUCGGCAUGGAGUGGUUCGUUUAUAACAGAAGCCCUGCGUACGAGAGCGUACUUGCCGGUCUCAAAGGGGGUAGUCCAGGCACAUCCACUGCCACAGAAAUUGCCGCACAUGCUCAAGAAGCUGCAGCUAGGCUACGGAAGACGCCUAAUGCUUCCAAUGAGAAGGCUAGAGCCGCCGAUGGCAGUGACAAUGCGCCGGGCAACAAGCGACACCUCCAUGGCGAAGACCCCGCUGGGUUGGAUGAUGAAGCCAGCAUUGGAAAUGACCUUCCGGCUUUACUCGACUUCUUCCCGAUUCAUAUUGAAUGCCAAAAGCCAGCCGUUGUUGUUGGAAACGAAAACACAAAGGGUAUUUUGAUUGUCAAGUCUGAUACCAUAUCAUGCGACAUUGAUGCAUCCACAGCCAAGACGUGUGACCCCUACCGCCAGCUCUUCAAUCUUACCUUGAAACACCCUAUUGUAGAGAUCCGAGAUAAUGAGGAUUACCGCGAGGAUCAGGCCACCCGCGCAUCGAAAGAACGAGAGCCUGUCGUGCCUAAGAGUGCUCUACCCCGAAGAACGUUGUUCCGACACCGCCGCCGUCAAGUUCUUCAUUCGCUGCGCAAUAUGGUCCCUUAUUGGCGCCGCUCUGUCGAGUCUUUCUCCACAGACUCCCGUGGCGAACUAGGAACGUCUGCUAGCCAUCACGUUGGAACAGCCCAAUGGCAAGGACUAUCAAGAUAUCUUGAAGACCGCGAUCAAGAUGACAAAGCACGUUGGGCAACAGUUGAGUACGGCGCCGAGAACAUCAUUCUAGAUUCCCCUUCGGCUCAGUUUACAAUGUACUGGGAUUCCGUAGGCAAGGUAUCUAGACGGAAUCAGGAAUGUGACCAAAGCCCUCCGGAUUCUCUUCAACACAUCAACGGUUCUGAUGCUCCUGGGUGGGGCAUGCACUUUGUUAUUCAUGGAGGUGUUGUGAAUUACGGCCCCUGGGCGGAUCGGCAUCGUGCAGAGUUGCAGAGAGUCUUUGUACCCAAUCUUUGCAAAGAUGCUGUCCCUGCCCAGCCCCUCCAAGAGGGUGAAUGGCGAGUGGCAACCCAAUUCAAGAUCUUUAUUGAGAUGGUUGACACACUUACAAUGCGCAUUCCAAUUAAAGAGGAGUCAAAGAACUGGCGUUGGCGUGGUAAAGAACCGGCAGUCAACCAACAUACUGUAAAAAGCAAGAAGAGGCAAAGAAACAAGAAGCGAGGCAAAACCGAUACGAGUCAAAUUAGACCUGCGGGUUGGCUCGAGCUCAAAGUUCCUGCAAAUGCUACAGUUGACUACUCUAUGGAUAUGAUGGCACGAACGACGGGAUAUCGGAACACCUUGCUUGUGGAUUUACCCAACUCCGAGCUUUGGAGCAGCGUCAAUCACGACAUUCUCUGGAGAUCUGGUCCGCAAAAGAUCAAUUGCAAUCUAUCAAACCCGCUUGCUUGGAAUACGCUCCGCAAUUGGCAUUUUGAUGUUGCCUCCGACAAUAUGAAGCUGUAUCUGCUUCGAGAUCAUAUAUUCCUCUUGACGGAUCUUGUCAAUGACUGGGCUAGCGGCCCGCCCUCGGACUACAUGACAUUUACACCGUACAACUACCACCUCAAUCUUGACCUCCAUAAUGUAGAAUUGUUGCUCAAUGUCAAUGAUGGCAACAUUAUUGACAAUCCUACGUCUUUGGAAGAAAACAGCUUUCUUAUCAUAUCUAGCCCCCGUCUCACCGUUGGUACCACAAUUGCUUUGGACAAGUUUCGACCAGAGAAGAACUCUAUUCCUUUCGAUAUACGAUGCGAUACGUUGGAUGCCUCGCUCAACCCAUCCCAAUCCAAUACGGAAGCUGCCUUCUUAUCAACUCACGACAUCGGCCAUGCGGAAAGUCUGACUGUGACGGGCAGCUACCACUAUAAUGCUACUACUUCAUCAGCAAACACAGACACUCUGAUAUUAAACCUGCAUGGCCAAUCGCCUUGUGCGUAUAUCUAUGGGUUUUUAGUCAGAUAUGCCCUGCUCCUUAAAGAUAAUUACUUCGGUGACCACGUUCAUUUUCGCACAUUGGACGAAUAUCAAGAACAGCUGCAGUCCCAGCCACCAGGAAAGGAUGUUACUAUGACAAGCCGCCCACCUCCCAAAAAGUCAAAUGACAUGGAUAUUAUGUUGUCUGUCAAGGUUGACGAUGCUCAGCUGCUGGUCCCAACCAGUCUCUACUCGACAACGAAGGUUCUUAUCGGAGAACUAGCAUCCUUGUCGGUCGAUGUACGCUUCACCAAUUACUACAUGGAUCUUGAACUGGAUUUGAGCCCCCUUAGCUUGUCGCAUGGCACAACAUCUGGCCCGCUAGCAUCGCCCGAUAUAGUGGCUACCAGUACUCAACUAUAUGUUGAUGGCAUACGCGUCUUUGGCCAUCGAGCGUUCGGCUUGCCACCAACCGAACCAACGUACCUAUGCAACUGGGAUGUUUCUGUUGGCGAUGUGAAAGGAGAUUGUGACGGUGAUUUCCUAUCCGCUCUGACUAAAGGAGCAGAAGCCUUCAUUUUCACGUUUGAUGACGUUGAAAAUGCGCUUGUCCCUUACUCUUCGCUUAUAUUUUACGAUAUAACAUUCAUCCGUGCUACUAUUGCAUCAAUCUGUAUAUGGGUCAAGUCUGCUGAAGGAGCGUUCUUAUUGACUACAGACAGUAUAUCAGUCACCGCAAACGACUGGGCUCGGUCACAUUACUCCAAAAAGGCCAACAUUAAUGUGCCUAAUCUGCAGCUUUCCUGUGUUGAUCUGAAGACUGCCAGCAAGCAUACCCUGCGGGAGACGAAACCGGUAAAGACAGAAGCAUUCUUCCGCACUGAUAUCCGUCUUGCCACUGUUGGGAGAAAGGUUGGAUUUACGGCGGAGAGAAAGCUUCAGCAAGAGCUUGUUCGACGAGAAGACCAGCGUACGGAUCGCACACCUUUUCUUCUGCUUAAUGGUGUCAUGGACGAAUUUCAGCCCGAAGCGACAGAUCUCCCUGCUCAAUGUGCGCCACCGCAACCAUUUCCAGUUUCUUUUGACGAUGACGACUCGAUUAGCGAUUUUGAACAAGCAGCAUCGGAGCAAAUGCGAUCAAAGAGCUCAUUCCUAUCGCUCUCUAGUGCUACUGAAGGAAGCAUCCGGAGGACACAGAGCUAUGUGUCGUACCAGAGCGGCUCAAUGAUCAAUCCAGCUACGCGCCCUCCUCGACAGGUUGGCUUGGGACAAGAUCACUCCACUGUGACCUUUUCAAGCCCCUAUUUCCCUCCACACUUCAACCUCGAGAAUGUGUCUCCGGAAGUACCAGUCGACAGACUCUUUAAACAACCAAGCACAUUACUACCAGAGCCAUCUACUAGUCUGGAUGCCGUUGAUCCCAAUAGUAUUGAUGAGGAAUACAUCUACUCGAGCACAAUGAUUGAGUUUCCUAAUGGUGUUACUGCAUUCUUUAACCCGCAGACCAUCAGACAUGCUGUCUCUGUGCUGGAGUCAAUCCAACCCGACAACCCCGAAGAUAUCCUUGACUCCAUCCAAACAAGCACUCUGAGUGAAAUAUUUGGAGCAAAGAAGCAUCUCAGCUCGCGCGGUAUGAUUAAAGAUGUACUCUUGCGUCUUCCUAAAGCGGAUGUCCGGUUCAUUAACAGUACUUCGGACUCUCAAGACAGAAACAAUGUCGCAAUUGACCGAUACGACCUCGCCAUCAACUCUGUAGACUUGGUUGCUCGAACUAAAACAGACUCCAGGGAGAAUGGAGUGAAGCUUCCCUCGGAAAAGUCACAUACGUCACUGCAACUUCGCGUUGACUACAUCGAAACAUCCGCCGGACAAUAUACAAUGGACGAGAAAACAAGGCAAACUGCAUUAAUGGCUAGGAUCAACAAUGUUUUAGUGUCUAGAGGUGUCAAGGACGUAACCUAUCUUGACGUCGACAUUGGCUCAGUCUUUGGUAGUACAGCAUCUGGCGACAUUGAGUACCUUGCUACGCUGAUACAUAGAUCCGGCAACAUUGCCUCAGAGCUUGGGAUGCUGUUGUCUGAGACUAGUGAACGCCAGAGCAACAGAAUCAAGUAUUGUUGCUGUCGACUACUGGAAGUUGGGUCUGGUACCAAUGAUCCGUCAUUUCUUAUUCGCCCAUCGGCUGUCCUAAGAUCAGUUGACCAACAUCUGCGGACUGUCGACUCAUGGAAGCUGAUGAUGCGUCUUCGUCAAAUCUGGACAUUACUCGAUAAAAAGGAACGAGUUCAGUUUGUGAGAAGAUGCGCUAGCAAAUCUCCACCUUUACCACAGAACGCGAACCGUUUUGCGGUAGACGCAUUCAAAAAAUGGCGAAGCUGGGAUCUUGAAGAUAUAGAGCAUGCAUUGCUCUUGACUAAGAUAUUCGGAAAAGAUAGCCGUGGUGCUUCGACGACUAUCCCUGAUGAACAACCGUUGCUCGCAGCUUGCCGACUUGGUCGAUUCCAACUGACUCUUGAUCCUGGACCUCGGGAGAACAAAAUUGCUCUGUUAGAGUUAAAUGCCAGGCUCGAGACAAAGGACGACGGCCUUCUCCCAGGGCUGUUUGGCGGAAAGCCCAUCAGUAAACCUCUAACCGUCGCCAACAUUUCAUUGCAAGACAUCUCCGUCAACUUGAACUGGGAACUGUAUGAAUUGCUAGAAAUUGUACUGCGACUGUCUCAAGGAUCCGAAACGUUGAAAUCAUCUCUGAAGAAAACACGUCAACAAAAGCCGGCACCAGAUUCUAAGACAGAUCCAAAACCAGGGUAUAGUGCUUCACACGUGUUUCUUGACAUUACAAAGGUUUCUGUCGAUUUGGAAGCCAUCAACCUACGCGCACGAACAAUGCUGGACGGAUUUAAGGUUUCCGCCAUCUUGUCAAAGGACAUAGACAAGUCAGCAUUCAACAGUGUACUGGUUAACUGUGGUGGUGUUACUUCUAGAUUACAUAGCCGUGCUCAGCUGUUAUGGAUGUUGCAGCUUCGACAGCCGUCUAUAUCAGCCAUUCAACAGUCUCAGGAAGCCAACAAGGAAAUCAUCCACAUGAUCAAGGCGUCUGCCAGCACGAAACAACUGUCCUUCUCGGUCAAGCAGGAUGCCACUACACUACUCGAUGUGGUGGAUUCUAUCAUCAAGGACGAGGUUUCUCAACUAUAUCGCCUUAAAGAGCACGAGUAUCUACAACAAAAGAAUAGCCCGGAACCACUGGCAAGCCUCUCCAAACUCCCUACAAAGAUCAAACUUGACAUAGUUAUGAUGCUUGGCCGGUACACAAUUACUGUCCCGCUUUUGCAGUCAUUGACAUAUAAAAUCUCAGGAGUUAUUGCUCGGGCUGGUUGCGUGGCGGAUAUUGGAAACGAGAUUAUAUUUGACUUUGACCUUAAAGAAAACAUUCACGAGAUGCAAAUCAAUGUCAAUGAUACGCCUCGCAGCAUUUGCAUCGUUGAUAUACCCCCAACCAAUGGCCGAAUUACCAGCCACAUGUGCGAUGACCAGCACGUUUUGACCGUUCUUUCAUCCGUGGAAGUUGUCAAAUUGGAUGCAUCAUCUCUCUACAGCUUACUGGCAGCUCUGAAUAGACCACAGGUGUCGGACGAAAUCAAAGAAAUCCAAAAUCAGGUCAAGGUCAUUCAAGAACACAUGUCUUAUCUUGGCGGGUCAGAAUCUCAAGUAACCAAGCAGGCGACGACACCCAAAGCUCCAACUACUUCAGUACUCUACGACGUUCAUUUUACGCUAGCAGGGCUACAUACCCUUGCCAAAACGUCUUCCAUCAAAACUGGGUCGGGCGAGUACGCGCAGUUAUUGUUUUCUCUUGGUACACUGCAUAUCCAAGCGUCAAAUAAGACAACCACGCCUAGUCUGGUGCUUAAGUAUCCAGAAGUUCAUCUCGAUCUAAGAUAUAUCGGAUUUGAUGUGCGUCGUUGCGACGGAAACUCAACGAGAUCCUGCGGUAGUCUGGGAGCUCGCGUCUCUGUGUAUGCAGGAUCACACCGAGGCGAGGACGGCAAAGAAAAAUGGACGUUUAACUUUCUUACUGACGAUCUUGAUAUCAAUCUUUCUCCACAAACAGUAUCUACUUUUGUUGAAGUAGUUGGAUAUCUAGGAGCCAAGAUUAAACACUUGGAUACAUCGCGAGAACUUGACUAUCUCAAGAAACUAGGUCAAUCAAAACCUAGAAUUUCAAUCACAAGCGAUGAAGGUGUGGCAGAGGAAGAUGACGCCGACAUUUUGGACUCGGUUCUAGCCGCUGUUACCUACCGCUUUCAGUUACGUGAUAUCAAAGUCUGCUGGAACGUCGCAGAAGAGAAUACCAAAGAUAGCUCCAAGGAAGACCUGGCACUAUCGAUCAAGCUCAUCGAAUUUGGAACGCGCACUAACAAGUCCGCACGACUUACGAUUGACUCAUUUCAACUGCAGAUGGUCGAACCCGGUGAAGAUAGAGGAGCCCGAUCACUUCAUUCGGCGCUGCUACCUGAAUUAACUUUCAAUGUGGCUUACCUAUCUACCACUAAUGCUCGCCGUCUGGCCUUCCAGGCUGUUGGAAAGUCUCUGGAUUUGCGACUCACACCCAAAUUUAUCGUCCCCGCGGCAUACUUGAUUGAAUCUAUCUCACUGUCGGCAAAGAACGUGCAGGCUGCCUCUAGCAAAUGGACGGUAGAGGGAACAACUGUCAAGCCGUCUGUGACUGAAGAGCCAGCAAAGCCAUCACAACCACUUCUCGGUAAAAAGCGAUUGGAGAGUUUGCUCAUCGAUGCCGACUUUGCUGGUGCUGUUGUUACCAUCAUGGGUAAGCGACAGUCAACCGAUGUAAAAGCGACGUCAUCCACCAAAUCCGCUCUGCCUGGCAAAUACGGCCAAUUUGAUACUGCUGACGCGAGUAAUAACGCCACGCUGCGUAGUCCUGGACUGGCAUGGAAAGCAGAAUACCGAGACAAUGGGAAGGAUGAUCCUUCACUUCAAGGCGAAAUUUUGGUUGACGCCUCCAGCAAUAUUUUGUACCCAGCUGUUGUCCCGCUCGUCCUUGAUAUUGUAUCGAGCGUGAAGGAAGUCGUCAGCAAGACGAAUAAAGACAAGGGAGAGCCUGCUCCUAAGAACCCCGCAGAGUUGAAGACAGAGAAGUCGACCGAAGAAGAAAGCAUCCUUAACGUUGAUCCUGAGGCCGUGAUUGGGAAGUUGAAGUUGAACCUGGGUCUGAGGAUUGCGAGACAAGAAUUCUCUCUUAGCUGCCAGCCGAUUGCCCGCGUGGCCGCAACGACAUCAUUUGAGAGUUUCUACUUUACUCUUAACACGAUUGCAUCACAAGAGCAAGGCAACUUCCUCGCCAUUUCUGGUAUUCUGAACAAGCCCCAAGCUUCAGUUCAGCACGUAUAUUCCAGAGACUCUACCGCGAGCUUCGCACUUGAUACUGUUACGUUGUCAUUUAUGAACAGCAAGCAUGUGAGUGGUAUCAGUGGCGUAUCUGCUAUUCUCAACGUCAGCCCAAUGAAGAUCUCAGUCAACGCUAGGCAAGCACAAGACUUUUUGCUCUUCCGAGAGAUUUGGUACCCGGAAGAACUACGGUAUCAAGACAUGGCCCCUGUUGCGAAAAUGCAUACGGAAACGUCACAAAGCCAUCUUGUGCAGCGGUAUCAGCAAGUAGCAGCAACUGCAGCGUUCCCCUGGACUGCGACAAUAUCUAUCGCUGCAUUGGAUGUCAAUGUAGACCUAGGCCAAGCGAUAGGAAAGGCGUCUUUCCAAAUCCAGAACUUCUGGGUAUCAUCCAAGAAGACCUCUGACUGGGAGCAAAACCUAUGCCUUGGUUUCGACAAAAUCGGCAUUGACUGCACUGGACGUCUAAGUGGAUUCAUUGCCCUGCAGCGCUUUCAGAUGAGAACAUCCAUCCAGUGGCCGAAGCGACAGGAGGCCCUGAAUGAGACUCCGUUGGUGCAAGCAUCGCUAGUCUUCAACGCACUACAAGUGAAGGCAGCUUUUGACUACCAAGCUUUCCUAGUUGCCGAUAUCAGGAAGCUGGAGUUCCUAAUGUACAAUGUGCGUGAAAGUGGCGACGGUAGCGGUGACCGUUUGGUCGCGAUCUUCAACGGCGACGCAGUGCAAAUCUUUGGCACGACAACUUCAGCAGCCCAAGUAGUCAGCGUCUAUCAGGCAGUGCAGCGGUUGAUGCAAGAAAACCAAGAAAACUUUGAAAGCUCGCUGAAGGAAAUUGAGAAGUUUAUGAGCCGCAAAUCUGUGGCGGGACGAGUUACGCCACAGCCUAGGCGAGGCAUUCCUAAGCUUCCCGAAGACGACACACUUGCCAAGUCCCCCAUUUCACUGGAUACAGAUGUUGUUGUAACACUCAAGGCGUUGAAUCUUGGUGUUUUCCCAAGCACAUUUUCCGACCACCAAGUAUUCAAGAUGGAGGCUCUGAACGCGUAUGCACGAUUCGCCGCCAGUGUUGAAGACCGCCGAGUGCACACUUUGCUUCGAAUGACACUGGGACAACUUCGAAUUGGCUUAGCGGGAGUGAGAAAUGCGGAAGCUCCCCGAACCCUGAGCGAAAUGCGGGUGGAAGAUGUCGUAGAAAGAUCGACAGGCGCAAGAGGAGGUACAAUCCUCAAAGUCCCGCGUGUGGAAGCAGUGAUGGAAACAUGGCAAGCUCCCAAGAUCAACCAAAUCGAAUACAAGUUUAAGAGUGCCUUUGAAGGCAAGGUUGAAGUGGGAUGGAACUACUCUCGAGUGAGCUACAUCCGCGGGAUGUGGGCAAACCAUAACAAGAUGCUGGAGCAGACAUGGGGCAAACAGCUGCCAAUGACUGCAGUGAAGAUUACAGGAGUGCCCAAGGCUGAAAGCGACUCUACAGGAGGAGAGCAGGGCAAGAUUACGGCCGAGGUCAACGUUCCGCAGUCCAAGUACAGCUACACAGCAAUGGAAGCGCCGAUUAUUGAGACGCCGCAGCUGAGAGACAUGGGCGAAGCAACACCACCGCUUGAAUGGAUUGGACUGAACCGAGACAGGUUGCCUAACCUGACGCAUCAGAUUGUGAUUGUAUCGCUGCUGGAGCUGGCGGGUGAGGUGGAAGAAGCAUAUUCCCGAAUUCUGGGAUCAUCAUGAUGAACGGAGGACCCUGUGAAGAGGGCAUAUUGACGACCCUGAGCAUUGUUUUUCUGCUUCAUCUUUUACUUUUUGUUUUCUGCGAUCAAGCAAGCGAAGACGCUAUUUUGAAUUUGCAUAUGAGCGUGCGUUGUAUAUGUUGUUUUUCUGGCAUUUUGUCACUGAUUGGUUGUUACAUAGCACCCAUACAUACAAUACCUAUGUACAUACAUAUAGCAGCCUACGGGCGUACAUGCAUAAUACAAUAAUGGGUAUUUAUAAAAUGUUGCACUACUAAGAGUGUAGGGCUAGCUUUUCUUACCCUUUCCUUUUUUUUUUUAAUCUUUUCAAGUCGUUGAUAUUUGCUUGGCUGAGGACGCUGGCGUCGUUGGCGGUGGUAUGUAGCUCGGCGUAGGAGUCAUCCACGGUGAGAGUCAUCCGUAGAACCUUGACUGUAUAGCUCGGCCAGCCACGAGACUUUAUGACGAAGGUGGGCUAUUUAUAGUCAAAAACAAGCUUCUUAGAAUACUAGCAGCAGGCAGGAAAGCAUUUAUAGAGCUUCUACAGUGUUGUAUGGCGCCCAGUGACACGAUGGAGACACCCAAUGAGGCCGGGGAGGCUGGAGCUGUUAGCGCGAUAAGCUUCCUGGGCCAGGGCGACAGCCCCACUCAGUCAGGCAUCCACGAUGCACGGGUGAAUGAGCUUGGGAAUGCUAAGCUGGGCGGUGUUUUGGUGGUGGUGGCAAGCUCAAGAGCUCACGGGCAUCAGGGUCAAGGUGGGAGGAGAGCGUGAGCGAAUGAGAAGGGAGGGUUGUUGCCCUGGGCUCCCGGAAGAAAAAGACAGGCGGGGCGAGG